CAUCACGUGACUCUUCUGCAGACACUGUGUUUAUCUAUCACGUGAUUCCUGCAGGUUCAUUCGACUCGGAUCAUCGAACCGAGCGCUCCCCCCCCCCCCCAGCUGACAUGGGGACUUUCACGGUGUGCUUCCUGCUGGUGUCGGUACUGGUGAUCGGAACCAGCGGGACCAGCAGGACCAGAGGGACCAAGUAUGAACCCAACUGGGAUUCGAUCGACUCCCGGCCACUUCCGGAGUGGUACGACCAGGUGAAGUUCGGGAUCUUCAUCCACUGGGGGGUUUUCUCUGUGCCCAGCUUCGGCAGCGAGUGGUUCUGGUGGUACUGGCAGGGGAAAAAAGUGCAGCCGUACGUUGACUUCAUGCAGAGGAACUAUCCUCCGGAAUUCAAGUACCAAGACUUUGCUCCGCAGUUCACCGCCGAGUUCUUCGAUCCCAAAGAGUGGACGGACAUCUUUGCGGCGUCGGGGGCAAAGUACAUCGUGUUGACAACCAAACACCACGAAGGUUUCACACUAUGGGGCUCAAAAACCUCCUGGAACUGGAAUGCAGUGGAUGUUGGACCCAAGCGAGACCUGGUGGAGGAAAUGGCGAGCGCCCUCCGCGCUAACAGUGACCUUCGUCUGGGGCUGUACCAUUCCCUGUUUGAGUGGUUUAAUCCCCUCUAUAAGCAGGACGCUGCCAACGUGUUCAAAACAAACUACUUCCCGACCAGUAAAACUCUGCCUGAGCUUUAUGAGCUCAUCGUCAAGUACAAACCAGAGCUGCUGUGGUCCGAUGGGGACGGGAAUGCACCUGACACAUACUGGAACAGCACUGGUUUCUUAGCCUGGCUCUAUAACGACAGUCCAGUGCGAGACACCGUGGUGACAAACGACCGGUGGGGUUACAACACCAUCUGCCACCACGGGGGAUACUACACCUGCAACGAUCGCUACCAGCCGGGACACCUGAUCAAACACAAAUGGGAGAACUGCAUGACCAUUGACUCAAAGUCCUGGGGCUACAGACGCAACGCUCCGCUCAGCGACUACCUCACCAUCAAGCAGCUCGUGGCGUCGCUGGUAGAGACCGUGUCCUGCGGGGGGAACCUGCUGCUGAACGUCGGUCCCACACACGAGGGCAGAAUCUCUCCGAUCUUUGAGGAGCGCCUGAGGCAGAUGGGUCAGUGGCUGAAGGUGAACGGCGAGGCCAUCUACAACACGACAGCGUGGAGAGUCCAGAAGGACAACGGCACCGCGAACGUCUGGUACACAGCCAGACCACAGGAGAAGGCUGUCUUUGCCAUGUUUCUGGAGUGGCCCAGCAAUGGAUCUGUGAUUCUACAUGAUCCUGUGGUGAAACAAGGAGUGACUCAGGUGGUGCUGGUCGGCCACGGUGCUGUGCAGUGGGAACCAGUGCAGCCCAGUGGACUGCGGGCGCUCCUGCCCCCCCCGGCCUUCAUGCCGGGCCAGUGGGCCUGGACGCUGAGGCUGACGGGAGCCACUUAGAGGGAAACCAGGGAGCUGGAGCUGGAGGCCCGGAGAGGGAACCAGCUUUAAAUCACUGAACAUAAAACUGUGACGUGAAAUCACAUUCAUCUGUCCUGAAAUGAGUUCAAAUCUGAGGCUGAGGGGGGGAAAUGUUUUUUUUUGUGGGUGUUGUCUUUUAUACAAACUGACAUGAAGGGACUUAACAAUCAUUUGUCUGUAGCUCUAUAGCUUUGAAUCUUAUUUAAAGAUAAAUAUUCAUCUGCAGGGAUAAUGUGACAGAUGUGAUCUUCAUAUCAUGAAAGAUGAAAAUAUUCUUUGUACGUUGUGAUUUUUGUUACAUAUUUGCUGCUUUUCUGUAUUUUUUUUAACGAGAUUUUUCUGCGGCCUGAUGAAUGUGGUGAUUUGUUUGAUUUGCACUAUUGAGGAAUUUUUAAAUAAAACGAAUAAAGCUGU